GUGAGGCGAGGGAUUUAAAUAUGAGGUAGAGUUCUGAGCGCGCACAACUCGUCUCUGUCUCUUUAUAUACUCAAGCUAUCAUAAUGCAUUGGGCUAUUAGCUCUCUGGCUGUGGGAUUUUUCACCCUGUUUGUCCUUCAGAGGAAGUUAUAUCCUUACUUUUGGGCUGACUUGAUGUACUACGCGAGACUCCGUCGCGUCGGGAGGUCGAUGAUGGCGAGGAUGAAGCGCGGUGUCGUCACGUAUCUCCAGAACUUUGAGCUUCAGGCAAAAAGGAGUCCAGAUAAAGCCUUUAUCGUGUGUGAGGAUCAGAUCUUUACAUACAGAGAUGUGGACGAGAGGAGUAACAGAUUCGCACACGUGUUUCAGGCUCAUUGCGAAUUGAAAUGUGGAGAUGUUGUGGCUCUUCUCAUGAAGAAUGAGGCGGAUUUCAUCAGUGUUUGGUUCGGACUCUGUAAAUUGGGCUGUGAGGUCGCGUUUCUUAACUUUAACCUCAAACCUCAGUCCAUCCAUCACUGUCUGCGCAGCUGUGCAGCCAAAGCAGUCGUCAUCAGUUCAGAGCUGAUGGGAUCUGUAGAUAAAUUGCUGCGGAUGCUGACAGAUCAUAGCGUUGAUGUUUGGGUGGUAGCGGACGUCUCCUCACAUCAGGAUGUCAGGACACUGUUGGAUAAGGUGGAAGUCGCCUCUCCAGAGAAGCCCCUGGUUAACAUCCCUCAGACAAACCUCUUAUCCAACUUCUUAUUUGUCUUUACAUCAGGCACUACAGGACUGCCGAAAGCAGCUCGUAUCAGUCACAUUAAGGCUGUCAUGUGUAUGGCGUUUCUACGCAUGUGUGGAGCGCGUGCAGAUGAUAAAGUCUAUCUGACGCUACCGCUCUAUCACAUGUCCGCAUCACUGCUCGGGAUCGGAGGAUGCAUCGAUCUUGGGGCGACUUGUGUUUUGAAGAAGAAGUUCUCUGCCAGUCAGUUUUGGAAGGACUGUCUGAAGUAUGACGUUACUGUGUUUCAGUAUAUUGGAGAACUCUGUCGAUAUUUGGUCAAUCAACCAAAGACUAAAGAGGAAGCAGUUCAUAGCGUUCGUCUCGCUGCAGGAAGCGGUCUUAGAGCUGACGUUUGGAGAGAUUUUAUCCGGCGGUUUGGGAAAGUCCAGAUCCGUGAAUCUUACGGUCUAACAGAGGCCAGUAUUGGCUUUGUGAAUUACACAGAUGAAAUUGGGCCCAUUGGACGUGCCAGUUAUUUCAAUAAACUCAGUUUGCCAUUUGAGUUUUUAAGAUGUGAUCCACAAACAUAUGAGCCUGUACGGACAGAUGCAGGUCGCUGUAUUAAGGCCAGUAAAGGAGAAACUGGGUUAUUAGUUGCUCCAGUGACGUUCACAAACCCGUUUCUGGGUUAUGCUGGAGAAAAAGCUCUGUCAGAGAAGAAACUCCUACGAGAUGUCUUUAAGAAAGGAGAUGUUUACUUCAACACAGGAGAUCUUAUGCUUCAGGACCACAGAGACUUUGUUUACUUUAAAGACAGGAUUGGAGACACAUUCAGGUGGAAAGGAGAAAAUGUCUCAACCAUGGAGGUUUCAGAGGUGUUGGGUUGUCUGGAGUUUCUGGAGGAUAUCAGUGUUUAUGGAGUCACUGUACCAGGAUAUGAGGGUCGGGUUGGAAUGGCUGCUGUUGUGUUAAAGGAUGGUCAGGAUUUGGAUGGAGAUAGAUUGUAUGUUCAUCUUCUCCACACUCUUCCUCCGUACGCCUGGCCGUGGUUUCUACGAGUUCAGACUUCCUUAGACGUGACGGAUACGUUCAAGCAGAGGAAGGGAACGCUGGUGGAGCAGGGCUUCAGUCCGGAGACCGUUCAACAGGCGCUUUACUUCCUGGACACAUCCGUGAAAGACUACAUCCCAUUGACUGUACCACUGUACCAAGACAUCAUAUCAGGGAAGAUAAGACUUUAGAGACAAAGAAAGCAACUGAAUACACCUCCAUUCCCUACAGUAACAUCUCAUCUACACUACAAAUACAUGUGAAUGUUGGUAUAAACAAUUACAGAUGGUGAAUAUUCAUCUUUUCGACUUAAUAGAACAAUAUUAGUUCUUAAUAGAAAAAAAUAAUAUUAACAAAUAAAACUAAUGAAUCAUGUAAUAACACUGUAACAAAUGCAACAUGUAAUUGAAUCUUGUUGUUAUUAAUAGUAAAGUUGCAAGAAGAUUUUUCAUAUUUAUUAGAGUUUAACAGAAGCUGUGUGAAAUAAAGAAACACUAAUACAAGCAGUGAGUUAAAACAUAUGUAAGUAGGGUGACCAGACGUCCCGAAAAAUUCGGGACAGUCCCCAAAUCUAAGCUGCUGUCCCGAAUCCGAAUUCUGCUCUAAUUGUCUCGAAAAUUAUACUGAAGCAAAAUCUUAAUCCCGAAUCUGCUCUAAUUUCCCCGAAAAUUAUAUUGAUGCAAAAUCUUGAGUAGUUAUUGUCUGACAAAAACAUGCGCAAGGAGUUUGAGCCAUCCUGCAGCCAACCCCCGCCGGCUGCUCAUUGGCUGCAGCAUCUUUGUUUUUUAUAAAAGAUGUAGGCGCGCAUUAAGAUAUGCACUAAGGCACGGAAAUGCUGGCCGCAGUAAAAACCUCCGCUGGCGUCGAGCCUCCACAACCUCGGUAGGCUAUAGCUCAAGUGUGAAUUUAAAGUUGUAUUGUUUCUAUUAAUUUAUCUAAUUCGUCUAUAUGCAUAAAGACAAUAUGAGCUUUUUGUCCUCCUUUUGUUUUAUAGGGUAGAUUAAGAGAGUGAAAGUUACAGCAGCCGCGACGACAGUUGAAAGUGCAGGCAGUGACAGUCAGUCGCUUGAAGGAGUCAGAUUGGUUGAGGGCGAGGCACUGUGUUAAAAAAACUACUUCUAUGUAUAUGCAUAUGUACUUAUAUUAAUAAAAAUAUGAUUGGUUCAGUAACUUCAGUUUGAAAUUCAUUGUCUUUUAAAAGUACAUUAAAUAAAGAAAACUAUUGGAUGAUCUAACUGUUAUUCUAUGAAGUAUAAUACUUCUAUAGCCUACAUAUUAUAUCAAUUUAUUUAUAUCCAUAUGUACUUAUUAAUAUGAUUGGUUCAGUUUGAAAUUCAAUUAUUAAAUAAAAUGAAUAAAUAAAACUAUUAUUGGAUGAUCCGCAAACCAAACCAAACCCCCCAAACCCAUCAACCACCCCCCCCCCCCAUGACGUCUGCCCCCCCGCCCCGAAUUUCAGUCAAUCUCAUCUGGUCACCCUAUAUGUAAAGAUGUCUUUGCAUUUUCCGCAGUAUCUGUGAUCAGUAUUGUCGUCUUAAAUUCACUACAGAAGAGUUUUUACUGACACUUUAAAACAUGUUUUUAUUCGCAGUGAGGAGUGUAAUAAUGUGUUAUAGUGGGAAUAGUGUCUUAACAUUUACACAUAUGUACAUAGUGUAUGUCUGAUUGCAUAUGAUAGAUAUGAUUUGUAAACAGUUAAGAGUUUAUAUUCUGUUGUAUAGUAAGAGAUAUUUUGUAUAUUUAGUUUGUAUUGUAGACUUUAAUCUUUAUCACUCAAUGUUAACAGUGUUGAGUAUAAUGUCACUGGAUUCUCAUGCAUUGUUUUGAUGUGUGUUCAAAGUUAUUUUAAUGUGAACAUCAUUUAAAUAAAGUCCAGCUUUAAAACAC